ACUGUGAUCGCACGGAGAAUGAGUACAGCUGUCAGGCUGCUUUGUAUUGAUAUCGGGUUGUAGUUUUUUAUUUCUUCACAACGACCAUGUCUGAAGAAUAUACCGAGAGUAAGGAGGAUAUUAAGAAGUGGACAGAGAAGCAGAGAGCAGAAUUUAUCUCAAAGUUUGGGGAACAGAACGUUAUUGUUGAUGAGCUUUCCAAUUUAAAGAAGGAUCGGAAAGUAUACAAGCAACAACAGAACAGCAACAUUUUUUUUCUCGCAGACAGAGCUCAAACCUUUAGUGAAUGCAAAACUGGACAGCAGCUGAGCAACUUUUCACACAGAACUUACUCUGCUGAGCUGAGGAAAUUGUGAGAAACCUUGGAUGACAUGAAACCGAUUCACCAGGAGAUAGAGAACUUCGAAAAAGCCAAGGUCCAGAAAUAAGAAGACAAAGAUGUGUGGCAUCUGCUGUACAGUCAGUUUAACUAAUGGCUGUGACUAUUCUGAUAGUCUACAUUAUGAUAAUCUCAGACGACGAGGUCCCAACAGCAGCCGGCAGCUGAAUAAGAGUGAUUCUUCUCAUGGUUACACAUGUUUCUUCUCUGGACACGUUCUUCACUUAAGAGGACAAUUAACACCUCAGCCUUUACAAGAUGACAAUGACAAUGUUUUUCUUUGGAAUGGAGAGGUUUUUGGUGGAAUUGAAGUUUCGCCCAUUGAUAAUGAUACCAAAAUAAUAUUUAGUCAGCUUAAUUCUUGUAAUUAUGAUUGUGACAUUUUGUCUAUCUUGUCCCAAAUACGAGGUCCCUGGGCUUUUAUUUAUUACCAAGCCACUAAUAAUAGCUUAUGGUUUGGGCGGGAUUUUUUUGGUCGUCGGAGUCUACUGUGGAAGUUCACCCAGGAUCUUGAGAAGGCUUUGUGUCUCAGUUCAGUAGCAGAGACAUUUUCUAAAUCUGACUUAAUACAGUGGCAAGAAGUUCCUGCAUCUGGCAUUUUUAGAUUUGACCUUACAUCUUAUAAGACAUUGAAUUAUGUGGCUUUGACAUGGUAUCCAUGGAAGACUGCUUCAAAGGAGAUCAUACUAGAUGAGGAUCACAGCCAGAUAUUGAAAGAUUUGCCAUUGUUUAUCACUCUAACCAAGUGUGAAAGUGAAGCGUUGAUAGCCCCCAUUGCAUCACUAAAUAGACAGAUGCCUGAAGCCUUGGCCGAAUCUCGUUGUACAAGUUCUGUUAACAGUGUUACACUGGAGGACCUUAAAAUGUUAUUCACACCAAACAAUAGGAAAAAUGUUAAAUUAUUUAUAAACGUUUUAAGUGAAGCUGUUAGGAGAAGAGUUUUAAAUCUUCCCCGACAUCAUGGUUAUUCCACUAUUGAGAAUGAAAGAAAAGCAAAUGUUGCCAUCCUGUUUUCUGGUGGUAUUGACUCCAUGAUUCUUGCUGCACUUGCAGAUUGUCAUGUUCCACAAAAUGAACCUAUUGAUCUUCUAAAUGUUGCGUUUAUGAUGAAAGAAACCAGUACACAGAAGAAAAAUACUAAAAGCAAUAGCAAGAUUAAACAAUUACCAUCCUCUAUUAAUUCUACAUAUGUAGAGCCUUCAAUUGUAUCUUGUUUGUUUGAUGUUCCUGAUCGAAUCACCGGUAGAGCAGGCCUGAAAGAACUUAAAGCCAUAAAUCCAGGAAGAACUUGGAAUUUUGUUGAAAUUAAUAUCACCCUGGAGGAACUUAAAGCUAUGAGGCAACAGCACAUUUCUCAGUUGGUUUAUCCUCUUGCUACUGUUCUGGAUGACAGCAUUGGCUGUGCUGUUUGGUUUGCUUCCAGAGGAGUAGGCCUACUGGCCAAAGAAGGGGAGAAACAACCAUUCACAAGUACAUCAAAGGUUGUUCUGACAGGAAUUGGUGCUGAUGAACAGCUUGCAGGCUACACUCGCCACAGAGUACGUUUCAAAAACUUAGGGCAUGAAGGUCUUGUAGAAGAACUGAGCAUGGAACUAGGUCGUAUUUCAUCCAGAAACCUUGGCCGGGAUGACCGUGUUAUUGGUGACCAUGGAAAAGAAGCAAGAUUUCCAUUUCUUGAUGAAGAUGUUGUCUCUUUUCUGAAUGCAUUGCCUGUUUGGGAGAAAGCCGACUUAGCUCUACCCAGAGGCCUUGGUGAAAAGCUGAUCUUGCGUCUUGCAGCUGUGGAGUUGGGGCUUACUGCUUCUUCCGUGCUACCAAAAAGAGCCAUGCAGUUUGGUUCCAGAAUCGCCAAAAUGGAAAAAAGUAAUGAGAGAGCAUCAGAUAAAUGCAGCAGACUUCAGCCAAGUACCACCGAUUAGCAAUAUUUAGAUUUUCUUUUUACUACUUGAUAUUUUAUUAAAAACCUCCUUUAAUGAACUGAUAAAGUGAGUUACUGUACAAAAAUUUUAUAAUUAAAUGACUUUUCUUCAUCUGUAAAAA